ACAAGCACAAGUUUCUCCUCUGCCCACUUGCACCGUCUACAAGAGUCAGCAGAAAAAACUCGGGAAGACCUUAAAGUAAAAAGAAAACGGACAGAGAAACAAUAUUCCAAAGCAGCUUUCUAGGGAAGUCUGUGGAAUCGAAGAGACAAACUGCAACACGUUUCUGUGGGCUCACCCUGCUGAUUUUCUCUCUGAGAACUGUCACUCACUGCACGUUGCAUUAAUCAGAGCGCAGGAUUUAUUUCUCUGCCGUGACUUCCAACCUCUGAAUAAAUAUCACUUUUAGAGAGAGAAUGGGACCUGAAAAGACUCUCGAGCACUGAACAGAGGGGUGAGUUUUAUUAAAUGGUUUCUUCUCUUUCAAAUCUGCUGGAGCUUUCUCAGAUCCUGCUUGCAGGCACAGCAGCCCGAUGACUUGUCUUUUCCCCGCAGCUUGUUGCAUACCCCACGAGGCUUUCCUGAUUGCAGGCUUAUUUUUGUAACCUUUUCCACCCAACUCUGUGUCAGUUUAGUAACGUUGGUGAUAGAGCUGAGUCGCUACCGAUUUGCUUUCAUGAGAAAUUAAAACCACAAAGCUUUGAAACUAAACAAGAAGCUGAAAAUCAAAUAAAACCUGAUAGAAUUAAAAUGGCAGGUGACUCUAGCUUUCCAGAUAUGGACAGUGACAGAUCAGAAAGAAAUGAAGAAACUGAGAUUGUAGUUAAUGUCGGUGGGGUAAGGCAGGUGUUCUAUGGAGAUAACCUGAAUCAAUACCCAGAAACACGUCUGGCAGAGCUGAUCAACUGUUUAUCGGGAGGAUAUGAUAGCAUAUUCUCCCUCUGUGAUGACUAUGAUCCUGGAAAGAGAGAGUUUUACUUUGACAGAGAUCCAGAUGCUUUCAAAUGCAUUAUUGACGUGUACUACUUUGGGGAAAUUCACAUGAAGAAAGGGAUAUGCCCCAUAUGUUUCAAGAAUGAAAUGGAAUUUUGGAAAGUGGAUCUGAAAUUUUUGGAUGACUGCUGCAAAGCUCAUCUAAGUGAAAAAAAAGAGGAACUGGAAGAAAUAGCCCGAAGGGUGCAACUGAUUUUGGAUGACUUGGGAGUGGAUGCCUCAGAAAGUCACUGGAAAAGGUGCCAAAAAUACAUCUGGAAAUUUCUGGAGAAGCCAGAAUCGUCCUACCCAGCUCGAGUGAUUGCUGUUCUGUCUUUUCUCUUUAUUUUGAUCUCCUCCAUCGUGAUGUGUGUGGGGACCAUCCCAGACCUCCAGAUCGUAGAUGCAGAGGGGAACCGUGUAGAGCACCCGACCCUGGAUAGCAUAGAGACAGCCUGUAUAGGCUGGUUUACCGUGGAGUAUGUGCUGAGGCUGAUCUCUUCUCCCAACAAACUCCACUUUGUCCUGUCUUUCAUGAACAUUGUUGAUGUGCUAGCAAUACUUCCUUUCUAUGUCAGCCUGACCUUGACCCACUUGGGAGCCAAGCUCAUGGAGCUGAGCAAUGUCCAGCAGGCUGUCCAGGCACUGCGCAUCAUGAGGAUCGCAAGGAUUUUCAAGCUUGCACGGCACUCCUCAGGGCUCCAGACUCUAACAUAUGCCCUGAAACGUAGCUUUAAGGAGCUUGGGCUGCUCCUCAUGUACUUAGCUGUUGGAAUCUUUGUCUUUUCUGCCCUGGGUUAUACCAUGGAGCAAAGUCACCCUGAAACUUUAUUUAAAAGCAUCCCUCAGUCAUUUUGGUGGGCAAUCAUUACCAUGACCACAGUUGGAUAUGGAGAUAUAUACCCUAAAACAACACUAGGAAAGCUGAAUGCUGCCAUCAGUUUUCUUUGCGGGGUAAUAGCGAUUGCCCUUCCCAUCCAUCCAAUCAUUAACAACUUUGUCAGGUAUUAUAACAAACAAAGAGUUUUAGAAACAGCUGCCAAGCAUGAAUUGGAGCUGAUGGAGCUAAACUCAACUGAGGGGAAAGCCACAGGCUCCAAAAGUGAACUAGAGGAUCUUGUGAGGGAAGGCAAAGAGAGUCCUUUUUAUAGCAGCCGGCUAAAAGUCUCCCACAGUGACACCUUUAUUCAUCUCCUGUCAGAAGAGAAACACUAUAGGACCAGGCUUCAGAGCUGCAAAUAAACUGUGAGCUGUUGUCAGAGCUAAGCUAUAGAUUGGGGCAACCUGACAAUCAACCGUUGAAAAGACUCGCGGGAUCUGUCAAGAGUUGGGAGUGAGCACUGCUUUGCUUUUCCAACAUGAACAUAAAUUAACCCAUGGUGUCUCCAUCAACAGUUGGUAAGACUUUGCUGUUAUUUCACAAAAUAAAAUAGUAGGACUCCAUUGAGAUCAGACUACUUUUAAUGAGUGCAUUCCAACAGAAAGCAUUUGUAACCAUUUUAGAGACUGAAAAGUCCUUCCUGAUUGGUAAAUGUUCAAUGACCUGAAUGUGCAGCAUUGCCACACCAGAACUCUGUACCUGUGACAAUAAAGAACAGCAUCGCACAGACUGUG